UUUCCUGUAGCUGUGAUAUGGCAUUGACAUAAAAAUAUAUGAUAUUUUCUAAUUUCGAUUUGCUACAAACUAAUCGCAUUGAAAACAAAUGGAAACUUACUAUUCGUAACGCUUUUUUUCAUAAAGUAAACAAGUGUUCAACAUUUACAGUGUGAUUCAUUGUUUUAUGUAUUUACAGUUUAAACAUUUCUAAAUAAAUAGUAAAGUGAAGUUUGCGAUACCGUUGUUUCUGUUCAACAACAUGAGGUAUAAUUGACAAGAAACAGCAAAGAAAUGGCAGGGAAUAUUCCUAAAUUAGUUGAUAAGGGGUUUCAGAACUGGAUAAAAGCCAAUCUAGCAUUAAACAUUACUAAAGAAGGAAUAGAAGAUGCCGUGCUAACUGAGAUAAACACCUUUCACCAAGACACGUUAAACGACAUAUUAUCGCCGGAACAAAUUCUUAACAAUGAUCUCUGUAGACAAUGUAAAAUCGAAAACCUCUUGCCGUGCCCUACGAGAGGUAUUUGUAUUGUGAAAAAAGGUCUCUGUUCCUUCCACUAUACGCAACAGAAAUUGUUUCGACCAUGUCCGAAACAUAUCUGUGAUCGAUUGAGAGAUAACAUAAGACGAUGCCACAAUUUCAACUUUCCAUCUUGGAAAAACACAAAAGCGGAGUAUUGGUGUCAGAAUCCAUGGGAGCUGGCAAAGUGCUACCUGCCUCCAGAUGGGUAUCUCGGUGUCAGUUCUAUAGCAGAAACAGAUAUAAAUGGUAUUGUCAGUGUCAUCAUGAACCUUUCGGCCUUCAAAAACAAAGUCAACAUGCACAACUGUGGUCAGGUCCGAGAGGUAACUAGAACAGUACGAAAUUCUCUAGACCUCUGUAUAAAUGAUCAAGAUUUGAACAAUAUUCUCGACACACUGGUCGCCUUUCUAAGUGCUAGUCUGUUCCAUGGAGAUUUAAAGGCAGCAACAUCUGUUCAGAAUAUAGCUAAGUUGAAAAUGGAUUCCCUCACAAUAACAACAAAUUUCGUCACAAACAUUCUUCAAGAUGUUACACAUGAAAACACAAAAAAGUCCAUGCAAGUGAUGAAUGAAAAACAAGCUGAACGCGUACACGAAAUUAAUGUUGAUCUUGAUAAACUCUAUGAAGUAGCCAAAGUGUCAGCAAUUGAUGAUAUAGAGGGUUCUAGAAGAACUGUCAUAGAUGAUAUCAAAUCAACUACUGUACAACUUAAGACGGAACUCAAUAGUGAUAUUGACAAAGUAAAGACACAGGCAGUUGCAGAGAUAGAAGAAAUGAAGCAAACUUCUAUCGAGACUGAGUAUCAACGUCUGAAGACGGACAUCAAAUCAAAUUUAUCGCCAAAAGAAGACGUGGAAGUGGUGGUAGUGGUAGUAGUGGUAGUGGUAGUAACUGUAAUGGUUGUGUUGGUAGUGUUAGUAGUGGUGUUUCCACCACAACAACUACUACUGCCACCACCACUAUCACUACCACUACUACAACAACCACCACUACCACUUUUACCGCUGCCACUACCACCACUACUACUACCACCACCAUUACUACCACUACCAUCACUUGAUGGUGGUAAUGGUAGUAGUGGUGGUGGUAGUUGUAGUGGUAGUAGUGCAUGUGGUAGUAGUAGUUAUAUAAAUACCGCAGCGAGCGUUAUUUGA